AUGUCGAUAACACACCCUCAAACCUACCCUCACCCAGACUACGAGGCUGCCCAUCAGCAGACCUACGAGCGUGCUCCUCGACACCCAAUAACACCCAUUCCACUGCCUCCUGGCGUUGGCCAAACCGACUUUGAUUCUGCCAUUUCCGAGUUCAUCUCCAUCGCAGGCGAGGAAUCGGUUUUUGUCAAGGAAGGACUGUCUGAUUACAUUGAUCCGUAUGAUGUCCAUGAGCAUGACCCUUCCCAGCGCAAGCUGCCCAGUGCGGCUGUUUGCCCCGACUCAACAGACCAGCUCUCUUCCGUCCUCCGAGUAGCCAACAAGUACAAGAUCCCACUCUGGCACUUCUCCCGCGGCAAGAACCUCGGUUACGGCGGCCCCGCUCCCCGAGUGAACGGUUCGGUGGCUCUUGACCUCCACAAGCUAGACAAGAUCAUUGAGGUCAACGACGAGUACCACUACGCUGUUGUCGAGCCUGGAGUCACCUUCAUCCAGCUGUACGAAUACUGCGUCGAGCACAAGAAGAAGGUCUGGCCUAGCACGCCGAGUCUAGGGUGGGGGAGUGUCAUCGGGAAUACGGUAGAUAGAGGAAUGGGCUUCGGGAUGAAUUACGCUCACCAUCAAUGCGUAGCUGGGAUCGAGGUCAUGUUACCGGACGGUGAUGUCGUUCGGACGGGACAGUGGGGGAUUUCCUCUUCUCCGUCUGCGUUUUUGUCCAAGUUUACGUUUGGUCCUUCGCUGGAGGGGUUGUUUUUCCAGUCAAACUUGGGCGUCGUGACCAAGAUGAGUCUCUGGCUCACCCCCCAGCCACAGGCGUACAUGUGCUGCAGUUUUAGCAUGCCGCUGUUUACCGACCUGGAGGUGAUGGUGGAUGUGUUUGGGGAGAUGAAGAGGAACGGGACGGUGCAGUCGUGCGUGUGGUUUACCAGUCUUAUCGAGACGCUUUGCAUCUUGGGGCGGAGGGAAGAUUACUGGACGGGGGAAGGGCCGGUGCCGGAUUGGAGGCUGGAGGAGCUGAGGCAGGAGACGGGGUUUGGGCAUUGGUAUGCGCGGUGGGGGUUGUACGGACCGAAGAGGAUUGUGGAGGCGCAGUUUGAGGAGAUCAAGAGUGUGCUUGCCAGAAGGGCGCCGACGGGGACGAUAGCGGGGAAUUUGUAUGCCCAUCCGGGAGAGGACGGGAGGUUGGAUGCGACGACGGUGCCGGAUCAAGACGGGCAGAUGUUUGUGGGGAUUCCGAGUCUGUGGAGUUUACCGUUGAUCAACUGGCCGAUUUCGAAGGAGAAAAAGGAUGGCAAGGCGGCGCAUGGGGAUUAUGCACCGGUUAUUCCGUCGAAUGGGAAGUUGCUGAUGGAGUGGAUGGAGGUUAGCAAGCCGAUUUGUGAGGCGAAUGGGGUCGAGCUGAUGGCGGAUUUCUUCAUGCACGAGAGGCAUGUUGUGUUGAUGAAUAUGUUUACUUGGGACCAGACAGACAAGACGCAGAAAGAAAAGAUGGAGAGGUUGUAUUAUGGGCUGUAUGAAGAGGCAAAAAAGAGAGGGUAUGGGAUGUACAGGGGGCAUGUGAACCACAUGGAUCUCAUUGCCCAUUUGAACGACUUCAACAAUCACGCCUACAACCGCUUUGUGGAGAAGAUCAAGGAUGCAAUCGAUCCCAAUGGAAUUCUGGGACCUGGGAAGCAGGGUAUCUGGCCUAACAGAUUCCGCCAUCUAAGGGAGACGCAGGAAAAGAGGUUUGACUAA